AUGGAGUUGAUCUACCACUUUCGGCGCGCUUUAACGCUAGCACUUGUCCUACUUUUUAGUGGUGUUCAGUGUCUACCCGGGCCCAUGCCACAGCAGACAGGUGGAGAGUCUCCGGCAGACAAAGCAAACAAGAUUCCUCAGGGUAUUAUGCCGGCGAAAGAUGGUUCAAUCAUUCUUGAUGCAACAGAGACAAUCAAUAACUUGAAAAUUCGCUUUCGCAUCAGUGGUCCUGCAGGAGAAUUUACAACGGCAAGCAAGGUACCCGGAGGCGGCAAGACAACAGGUGCGAAGGGCAACCUCGGGCUUCACGUCUUGUUACACGGCGAUAGCGGCUCUUCUUUCUUCGACAUGCCUAACCAAGGCGUAAAGAACAAUCUGGCAGGAGUCACAGUGCUCUCCCCGGACAGGAACCUCCACUGGGGAGGCGGUUCCGGUUUUAAUCGCACAGACGGCGUUGCGCACGCUCAAGCAGUCAAUGAUCUGGUUUUCCAAACCCUGCCCAAGUACAUGGCUUUCAACUCCUCGAAUAUCUUCUUUUCUGGGAUCUCCGGAGGUUCUCUUCUGCUUUCUGGAUACUUUAUGCCAGCGCACAUGGGCAACUUCGCUGGGAACGGGGUGAUGCUAGGCUGCGGUGCGAUGGAACCCCGCGUUGAAGUAUCGCAGUCCUCUCGUGACGCUCUUGUGAAUACUCGACUCCACUAUCAGAGCACUCAAAAGGAGCUCCAACACCUGCAGGGAUCGAUCUCCGCUACAAUGAAGGCGUACGAGAAAGUUGUCAAAGACAAGGGCAUGAAGAUGGAGGCGAUCAACAAGCUUCAGACAGCCAACAACAAGCCAGUGGGAGGUCAUUGUCAAUUUGAUGAGAAGGGGUUUGGGUCCGGAAUCCAGCUAAUUGCUGACAACUAUGCUGCGAUCAUGCAAGGAGGAAAUGGCGAGGUAGCAGGUAUUGGAAAUGUUUUGGAGGGUGUCUCCGGCCAGGAGUUGAAGUUUUCGGACGGUGGUAAUCCUUGA